AUGCUCAAGCGGCUCAGGGAAUGCCUCACGGACCGCUUCCAUGAAGCAGAUAUUGUUCACCAGUUUCAGACUGACACUCAAAUUCCCGGUGAAUUUCUAGCCUCGUCUAAUCUUGCAAUUCGCCGCCUGGCGCUUGACGCGGUUCCCAACACUCAUCCCGUCGACAGUGAUACUAAGAUCCUCACGCAGACCAUGUUCGGCACGCGGCACCCAUUGGUGAGACACCAGGUCCUUCUUAACCCGCAAUCCACCGUAGUGACAGAGUUGGACACCACCCGACGAAUUCAACAAUUUGAGGCUGUUCUCAGACGCGAUCAGAUUACCGAAGUUCCAAACGUUGCCCCUGUCGGCUUCCCCGACCUCAGAUUGGCCAGGUUCCCGCAACACUAA